GCUCUUAUUGACGAAGCUUCUUGUGAAGUUCUAUAAUGGCCCCUUAGAUUCUGCCUCAUUGAAUGCAUCCCACUGCAACCCAAAAUGAAAAUUAAAAACAAAAAUGCUGGCGGUUGCGUUGCGCAUGUACGAUGUCUCAGGUGCAGACAAAUUGGCUUCAUUAUUCAAAACAAUGUGAAGUAACUAGCGAAGUGAUUGACUUGGAGGAUUCUGAUGAGGCUUUGAAGUUGAAUUAUGUUCUGUGGGGAGACUCCAACAGUGAUGAAAGUUGUCUAUUGAGCUUAUUAGAAUCCGAAAAUGACCAAUUACAGGAACAAACAAAGUCCCCACGACAGAUUCCCAAAACAUGGCUGAUUAAUGCUCGAGAAGAAGCCAUAAAUUGGAUCCUAAAGGUGCAUGCUUACUACAGUUUUAGACCUGAGACAGCUUAUCUUUCUGUAAAUUACCUCGAUCGUUUCCUCUCGUCACACACCUUGAAGCAUGAUAAAGCAUGGCCUCUGCAGCUGUUAUCAGUUGCUUGUCUUUCACUAGCAGCUAAAAUGGAAGAAACCAAAGUGCCGCUUCUUUUAGACCUACAAGUGAUCGAGUCUAGGUUCCUCUUUAAUCCCAAAACAGUUCAAAGGAUGGAACUUUUGGUUAUGGCCAGUCUCAAGUGGCGUUUGCGCCCUAUAACACCUUUUGAUUUUGUCCAUCUUUUCAUUGCGAAGCUUUCAUGGUCUGCUUCCACAUGGGGUGAUUUAAGUUUCACUGUUUCUCGUGUCUCAGAUGUUAUUAUCAGAACAUGUCUAGUCAUGGAUUUCUUGGUGUUUUCACCAUCCACAAUAGCAGCAGCUGCUCUGUUAUGGGUAAACAAUCAAUGUGUAGAAGACACGAAAUCAGAUUGUUUCCACAAGAAUAUAAACAUUGAGAUGGUGCAGAAAUGUUACAAACUAAUGAAGCAGAAACAGAUAAUUCUCCGAUCAGAAUUUUAUUGGCCAAGGAGUAUGCAAUUAUUGCCCCGAAGUCCCACCUGUGUGCUUGAUCGUGCAGCUAUGCAAGAAAGCUGCGAUGAUCACAAGCCCUGACUUCAAGCCUUGCCACAUAUGUCUCUAGCCAAGGAGGCCAUAACAUUGCUUUCAGAUUUUUCACUUCUCAUUCAUUAUGAUUUCUUUGAUUUGGUGUGAGUGUGAUUGUGUGCGAGUCUUCCAUGAGAUUCAUUUCAUUGGGUGUGCAUUUCAACAAGGUUCAUCAUGGAACAUUCUGACUGUAAACCAGAGUAGUUAUAUUGAAAAAUUCUAGAUUUUUGAAAAGAAAUACCAAGUAUACCUUUCUUUGUUGUGUGA